AUGUCUGUUCCGAGUAAAUCUAUUGAUAAAAACAAACGUUAUGCUGGUGUCAAAGCAAAUGAUUAUGUAAACAAAACACGAACGAACGAAACGAGUCGAGCAACUGCUCGUGCUCAAGGAUGGGCGAACCUCGGAAAAAUCAAUAGUCGACGAAUACCACCACCGGCUAAUGUUCCAAGUUUAAAAAGUGAAACCAACGCUAACACAUCAUCCUUCGAUCCAACAGCGCCAACGAGUACUAGUCAUGGAUGGACAGCAAGUGGAAAUCAGACGCCAACAAAUCUCGCGAAUAGUUCAGCACGUCCGUUGACACCAUCGAAACAACCAACACAGCAGCAGCUCGACUCGAUACCUGCCAACGCAUCUACACCACCACCGUAUUCACAGCAACCGUCAUCGUCAUUGUCGUCCGAUCUAGAUAAACCUCGUGCACCAGCAACUUGGAGCACGGUCACAUCUGGUCACAACGCUGAUCAACCGCCGAAUUUACUUGGAUUAAAUGACUUUCCACGUUUAGUUACCCAAGAUAAUAAAACGACGAAAACACCAUCAGAUGCAUUGACGAGUUCGACGUCAUCGACAACAACACAGGGCCCGAGCUUUCGACCGGCAAAUUUAGCAUCGUGGAAAGAAGGUGGUGGACGUGUUCAGCCAGUGUCCACUGAUUCACCAAAAGAUUCUAAUGAUAAUAAUAAUAAUAAUAAUACCAAUCUCUCAACUUUGUCUAUGCAACCACAAAUCUUACCAUCCAACACGAAUUCUAAUCUACUUCAAUCACAAAUGUCAAACACGAAUAAUCCAUCCUACAUGCGGACGUAUCCAACACAACAGCAGCAACAACAACAACAGAUGUGGUCCUACAAUUCAGGCAAUUCGUAUAGUUCAUAUGGAGCAAAUCAGGCAUCGGCAUCUGUGCCAUUGCAUCAUCAUCAUCAGCAGCAGCAGCAGCAACAACAACAACAACAACGCGUGUCAUCUUUUAGUAACAACAACUCCUCGUCUCAACAACGUUUAACUACAGCAACAGAUUAUAAAACUCCAACAAUUUUGCGAAACAAAGAUAUUGAUGAUCUAUCGAAAAUUACAGCAAAUGUUACAUGGGCCAGCGCAUCUCAGGAAGUUAAUUAUGAAGAAAAAAUUCGUUUCAGUGAUGACGAAGAUAAUGAUAUCAGUGAAACUGCCAAUACAAAAUCUCGCCGAUUCAAUAAUAAUAAUUCCCAACAACAGUCUAGACAAACUUAUCCUCAAGUUCUACAGAAUAGCAAUCGUUCACCGCAUGGAAACUACUCGCAGCAACAAUCGAGUACACAUUCACGUUUGUUACAAGACGAUGAACAUGUAAAACAAAUGCAAGAUGAUAAAAACACUGAAUUGAUUAGUACAUUAACAGUAGCAAAACAAAGACGUGAUGAACAAGAACGAAAUCUUCGAGAUACGAUCCCACAACGAUCAACAAGUUCGACAACAGCACAAAAGUCGUUUGACGAACAAAAACAAGUACCUGGUUAUCAAACACGUCCUUUGUUGAGUUCGACUGCUCAAGAAAACCUACCACCAUCAGUAGCAGUAGCACAGAUGGAUUCAACAACUUCGUCGUGGGCACAAUCAUCAGCGUCUCGUCCACGUCAUGAUACUGGAGAUAGUCAAACAUUUACAAUGAAAAGUUGGUCUGAUCAAAUGGAUUCAUUUAAUUAUGCUUCACUUCACGAAAAAUCCGGUGCAGAUGGUGACGAUCAUGAUGAUACCACUGUCGGCGGUGCUAGUGGCUCAUCUGUACCACAUAAAUAUAGUCGAUCACAUAGUGAAUCUAGUUCUCAAUCUCAGCCUGAUAAUGGGCCAAGUAUCAACCGAUCAAAACAUUUUCCAAUAUCGAAUCGUAAAACACAUAAAUCAAACACAAUUUCAUCCAAAACAUCGUCAAAUGUUUCCCAUUUUAAAUCACGAGGCAAUGACGAGAUGAACUAUGUUGAAAAUAGUGAACAACAUAUGAAAUCUAAUGACCAAUGGGGCGAUUGGGAAGAUUCAAAUUAUUCAUCAACUAGUCGUUACCAACAGCAACAAUAUCCGAAUGAUCGACGUCGACAAACGCAUCAACAAUCGACGGAUGAUCUCUCUCAAAAAUCGAAUCGUUACAAUGAACAAACAAAUGAUUACAAUCGAACGAAACAAUCAGCAAAACCACGUUCGAAUGUGCCUAAUCGUCCAACAGAUUUGCCGACGACGACGACGACAACAACAACAGCAGCAAAAUCAGAAAAUAAAUCAGUGUCGAAUAGAGCUCAUCCGGCAUGGCGUGCUCUGUCACCUACAAGAGCGCCUGAUUCGAAUGAUCCAACGCCGCACGAAGUUAUUUCGCACAGAACCGAAUCGAAAACGACUGAUCUGAUUGAUCGUCGGCAAUCAGCACCCGUAGAACGUAAACCACGAUAUGCAACAACUCCAACAACAAUCAAUACAUCAUCAAUUCCUUCGUUGAUGAGUGUACGUUCUGAUGUUAUACCAACACCACUUUCACAGUCAAACCCUGCUUCGUCAUUAACAUCGAAACACUACAAAACUUCAAAUCAAUCUCAACGACAAGAUUAUAAUAGUUCAUCACAUUAUUCUCAACGCAAUGAUUUUUACAAUGAAACAAAUGAUCCCGCAUGGGGUAAUGAUGAUGAUUAUUAUGAUGAUGAGACAGGCUAUUAUGAUUCGAGUAUUCAAACACAUCAACGUCAUCAUCAAUCGAUUGGUUACCAUUCACAUACGCCUCAUCGUGGUUACACUACUCUAGGAUCGUACGGACGCUAUCGGCGCAGUGGCACACUGCGUCAUCAACAACAAUAUUCAACUUAUAAUGCGAAUAAUGCAUCAGGCACAUCAUCUUCUCAAUUGAAUACAAGUACAGGAUCGAAAACCAAGAAAACACCACCGUCUCGAACCUCACUCAGUUCGACAAAUAAAAAAACUACUGCUGAAUCAAUAGAACCAGUCUCGCUUGUUACAGAAUCAUCAAAAUCGGUUUCGGACAGUUCUGUCAAGAAGCCAUCUGCUUGGGCAACUGAAACUCAGCCACCACCCGUAGAAGAAAUUCCAAUUAUCAAAUUAGUCGAAACUCCUACUGCUAUACCAUCCAUUCUACCUGAGAAACCAGCUGAUUCAACAACCACAACUACAACAACUGAACCAGUCAAGACUGAAAUCGAACGCAAUCUUGCUGGCCAAUCUGAAUCGGAAUCAACUAAUAAAAAAUCAACUGCAGUAGUUUCUACCACACAAAAGAAACCCAGCAAUAAAGAUCAGCAAAAUUAUCAACAAGAUCAGCGCUAUCAAAACCAACAAACAUCUCGUCAUCGAACUAACUACUCACGUGCUAUGCAAGAUUAUGACGCAAUGCAAAUGACCGGUCAUAAUUAUUACGGUACCACUCGUCUAACAGCACGUGGCGGACGAAACACACAUAUACAAGAUUUAUCCACUGGUUAUUACUAUGAGCAUCCUCAACAGCGUUAUAAUAGUCGAUAUAAUUACUCCACUGAUCCUUAUUCUCAAUCACGUUCUCAAACACGUUCGAUCACUAAAACAACCAAACGUGGAGGUUUAUCUUCUGCAACUGACCGUAAACAAACGAAAUCAAAAACAGUCAGCAAUAGUAAUAACACUUCGAGUAAUCUUCACCAACAAUCUGUAAGUGACAAUGAACUAAAAGAAGGCGAAGAAUGGGAAACUGCAUCGGAAUCGAGCGGAAUCAUGCGCAGUAACCACCAAGAUGGUAGUCAACAGCCAGCAAAUAAGUCGACUGCUGCAGAUGACACAUCCGGCAAUCGAGAUCGAACACCUCCAAAGAAGAGCUUUUCCAGUCAAAGGCCAUUGAGCGCUCGUCAUAAUGAGGGUGGCAUUCAUCGUCGCACACAUAAUUUUUAUGAUCGCACUGGUAAAACAAGCCGUGGCCUUCUCAGUCAUCGUUCUGGCCGCUUAUCCGCUAACGCCAAGCAAAGUUCACCACAAAAAGCGGACGAAGAAAAUUUGACAACAAAACAAACUGGAGUAAACCGAAAAGAUCAACAUCGUCAUUCACUCGAUGGUUAUGAUUUGAAUAAUGUUGCCGGCGUUGUUAAAAUUGAAACCUUACCAGCAGGUGCACUAGAGGAAGAAAGUGCAGCAUUCGAUGAUGGUGGCGAAGAGUUCUGUGUUGUCAUGUCUAAACGAGGUCGAAAGGAACAAAAAGCUGCUCAAUUGUCUAAACAGAAUGCCAUCGAAUCACUGAGUGAACAAAUGCCGAAAUCCACAUCAAUCGACAACGAUGAACAACAAACUAAUGAGAAAUCUUCAAACGAUGACAAUCAAGGUAGUUCGACGCGCACACGAAAUGGCAAAUCUCUUCCGCCACGCUUCAAUAGUAAAUCUGCUACACGACAACAGAAUGCGAAAAAUGAACAUCAAAAUAAUUCAAUGUAUUAUUACGAUCAAAAUUACUACUAUUAUGACCAAAGCCAAUACUACGAUGACAAUUCUUAUUAUAAUUAUGGAAGUUAUAAUCAAUCUCAUCGACAAACGUCGACGCGUCGAAAGCAACGUAGUCAACAACAUCAAGAUAGUAAUGCAAUUGAUGAGCAUUCAAAUGAGAGAAAAGCUGACUCAACUGUUGCCGAUAAGACACAUUCGACACCAUCGAACGUUAUGUCCAAUAUUCAAAUGUGGGAUCCACAUACAGAUAGUACGAUGUCGAAUCCAAGUAAAUUAAUUGAAAAACCGACACAUGAUCGUAAAUUCGGAAAUGAAAUAGUUCCACCUUCAUCAUCAAAUGAUGCAUCGCUACCACUUCAUCAACGAACUGCAUCUGCACUACCUGCUCAUUCACCGGUGUCCAAAACCCACGAAACUAUUGCACGUACGAUAAAACCGCCAAGCACAGACAAUAAAUCUGAUCGCGACAAUAAAGCAAAAUCGAGUAGUUACGAAAAGAAUGAUACCAUCGCAUCAUUGGGGUCAAACCAAUUAUUUGAAAAGAAUACAUUUUUGGAUUACGAUGAUAAACAGUCAAUUGGUACAGUUGGGGAUGAUUUAAAUCAAAAGAUUAAUUCGAUCAAAACUAUAUGGGACAUAUCGGAUCAUCCAAGAUCUACUAGACAACUUGAACAGACAAUCAAUUCAAUGGUCGCUAUGAAACAACAGCAACAAAAGGAAAAUACUAUUCAAGCAACUAGUUCAGCGAAAGCAGAUAAUUACGUACCCGAACCGAUUCCGACAUCAUCGGCGAAUAUAUCUGGUUCCAAUACAAAUGUUCCUUCAUCGGUGAAAGAUGAAACACAUAGUAAAAAUCCAGUCCCAGUUACUAGUCUACAAUCAGCUGGAUCCUCGUCCACAAUGAAUCAAUCUGGCGCAUAUUCAUCCAUGAGCGGCUCGAAUAAAAAUGAGCAAAAGAAUAUUUGUACUGUUAAACCCACUCAACAAGUACCACCCAACAUUCAAGAUCAAGUCGAUGUUGGCAGCUAUCCAGUCUUUCCGCCUCCUGCUCUACAACCAACAAUGUCUCAAGCGUCCUUGCAGCAACAUCUUCUUCCGCAAUCGCAAAUGAAUCCCUUGCACCAACAACCUUCAUAUCCGUUCUACGAAGGCCUACUACCACCACCUCAGCAACAACCACCACAACAACAGCAACCAUUCAAUCGAAUCUAUUCAUCAAACACAAAUACUACCAGUACAGACCCGAUGACUUCAGAUUUUUCGGGUAUUCAAUCCUCGCAAAUCUAUCCUCCACAAAAUUUUCCUUAUCGAAAUACAAAUUUGUAUAUGCAACCACCGCCGAACGUACCUAACACCAACUCUAUGUAUCAUCAUACUUCUCAAGGUUCAAUGUCUGCCCCACCACAAAAUAAUGCUUUGCCGCCACCACCACCACCACCAAUGUCUAGUUAUCCAUCACCUUUUCUAGUCGAUCAUGGUGCUCAUAUGCUUGGUCAAGCACAACCACCGCCUCCGCCACAAGGAUACAUGAACAAUCAGAUGAUGUCCGGACGACCACAGGGUGGUCCAUUCUAUCGAACGCCACCACCGCCGCCACAACAAAUACAAACUCCUCCUGGAGGACCAUACGGUUCGCAAGAUCCAUUGGCACAUGGCGGAUACUAUACACCAUUCUUUCCACCACCGAACUCAAACGGUCCUCCUGGUCAUCCAACAACUCAUAAUUUAUAUGGCCAAAACGAUGGAUUUCAUCCACCUCAUCCUCCAAUGUUUAAUCGUGGUGGCUCAAUUGAUCGUGGCGACCAUCCCUUGAUGUCUCAACCGUUAUCUCGUCAAACAAAUUAUCCUUCUACCUCAUCAAAUCAACAACCGCCAGGUCCACCACCAUCUUUGCUAUCUCAAAACAUAAAGCCACCACUAUUUACUAAUCAGCAACAAACAUCGUCAUCCAAUCAGCUUCCAUUCUAUCCUCCGCCGCCAAAUCAAUUCAACCGACAAGGAGUACCUAUCAGUGGAAUGAACUCAGCAAACAAUCGCCCACAAAAUCAACAAGUACGAAGUUUAACGACUGGCUUAUCUAAGAACUUACCAAAUAAUGGUAACGAUAUGACAAAUACUCAACCGCUAUUUUCCCAACCUCAACCACUGUUCCCACAGCGUCAACCAUUAUUACCCCCACAAUCGAACAACAAUCGUCCUUCAUAUCCACAUCAUCCGCAAUAUUCAAACUAUUCAAAACCAGCUGGUCCGAAUGAUGAUACUAUGAAGCAGAAACACAUAUAA